AUGGUGGGGAGUGGUGUGGCCAUGACCCAGCUCUGUGUGAAAGGCCCAACCAUGUGCAAGGACCACCAGCCUCCCCGCCAUGCUAGAAAUGAAGAGCACCAGAACUAUUUUGGGAUAGAUGAAAACCUCGGCCCGGUGGCGGUCAGCAUCCGGAGAGAGAAGGUGGAAGACCCCAAGGAGAAGGAAGGGUCCCAGUUCAACUACAGGGUGGCGUUCAGGACGAGCGAGCUCACAACACUGAGAGGAGCGAUUUUGGAAGACGCGAUCCCCUCCACCGCCAGGCACGGCACCGCACGGGGUCUGCCACUCAAGGAGGUGCUGGAAUACGUCAUUCCCGAGCUCGGCAUCCAGUGUCUUCGCCAGGCCGCCAGCUCGCCCAAGGUCUCGGAGCAGCUGCUCAAGCUGGACGAGCAAGGGCUGAGCUUUCAGCACAAGAUCGGGAUCCUCUAUUGCAAAGCAGGCCAGAGCACAGAGGAAGAGAUGUACAAUAACGAAACAGCGGGACCAGCUUUCGAAGAAUUCCUUGAUCUUCUGGGCCAGAGAGUACGGCUGAAAGGAUUCAGUAAAUACCGCGCCCAGCUAGAUAAUAAAACGGAUUCCACGGGGACCCACUCCCUCUACACCACGUACAAAGACUACGAACUCAUGUUCCACGUGUCCACGCUGCUUCCCUACAUGCCAAGCAACAGGCAGCAGCUUCUGAGGAAAAGGCACAUAGGGAAUGACAUCGUCACCAUCGUCUUCCAGGAGCCUGGAGCACUUCCUUUUACUCCAAAAAGCAUCCGGUCUCACUUCCAGCACGUCUUUGUCAUAGUCAGAGUGCAUAAUCCAUGUACCGAAAAUGUGUGUUACAGCGUUGGGGUUUCCAGAUCAAAAGAUGUGCCACCUUUUGGCCCACCCAUUCCCAAAGGCGUGACUUUUCCAAAGUCAGCAGUGUUCCGGGACUUCCUCUUAGCCAAAGUAAUCAAUGCAGAAAAUGCCGCCCAUAAGUCGGAAAAAUUUCGAGCGAUGGCCACUCGGACAAGGCAGGAGUACUUGAAAGAUCUGGCAGAGAACUUUGUCACAGCUGCCACCGUGGACACCUCCGUGAAAUUCAGCUUCAUUACACUGGGUGCAAAGAAGAAAGAGAGAGUGAAACCGAGGAAGGACGCUCACUUGUUCAGCGUGGGGGCCAUCAUGUGGCACGUGGUAGCCCGUGACUUCAGCCAGUCUGCCGACAUCGAGUGUCUUCUCGGGAUCUCCAAUGAAUUCAUCAUGUUGAUUGAAAAGGACUCCAAGAAUGUCGUGUUCAACUGUUCCUGCAGGGACGUUAUUGGGUGGACAUCCGGAUUAGUGAGCAUCAAAGUGUUUUAUGAAAGAGGAGAGUGUAUCCUGCUGUCCUCCGUGGAUAACUGUGCUGAGGACAUACGGGAGAUCGUCCAGCGAUUAGUGAUAGUGACGCGAGGCUGUGAGACAGUGGAAAUGACCUUGCGGAGGAAUGGGCUGGGCCAGCUCGGCUUCCAUGUGAAUUUUGAAGGAAUCGUGGCAGACGUGGAGCCCUUCGGCUUUGCCUGGAAGGCUGGCCUUCGCCAAGGGAGCCGCCUUGUGGAGAUCUGCAAAGUGGCUGUGGCCACACUGACGCACGAGCAGAUGAUCGACCUGCUGCGGACUUCGGUGACGGUGAAGGUGGUCAUCAUCCAGCCCCACGAGGACGGCUCUCCCCGGAGAGGGUGUUUGGAGCUCUGCCGGAUCCCCAUGGUGGAGUACAAGCUGGACAGCCAGGGCACCCCCUGCGAGUACAAGACGCCCUUCCGGAGGAACACCACGUGGCACCGGGUGCCCACGCCGGCCCUGCAGCCCCUGUCCAGAGCCUCCCCCGCGCCCAGCACACCCGACCGGCCGCAGUGCCAGCAGCUUCUGCAGCAGGCCCAGGCCGCCAUCCCACGCAGCACCUCCUUCGACAGGAAGCUGCCCGAUGGCACCAGGAGCUCACCCAGCAAUCAGUCGUCCUCCAGUGACCCGGGACCUGGCGGGAGUGGACCGUGGAGACCGCAAGUGGCCUAUGACGGGUGCCAGUCUCCCCUGCUGCUGGAGCACCAGAGCUCAGGCCCCGUGGAGUGCGACGGAGCCCAUGAGCGGGAGGACACGGUGGAAGGAAGCCGACACCCGGAAACCAAAUGGCAUGGCCCACCUUCCAAAGUCCUGAGUUCCUAUAAAGAAAGAGCCCUGCAGAAAGAUGGAAGUUGCAAAGAUUCCCCCAAUAAGCUGUCGCAUAUCGGGGAGAAGAGCUGCUCCAGUCACUCCAGCAGCAACACGCUCUCCAGCAACACCUCCAGCAACAGCGAUGACAAGCACUUCGGCUCGGGGGACCUCAUGGAGUCCGACCUGCUGGGGCUGACCUACGUCAAAGGGGCCUCCACCGACAGCGGCAUCGACACGGCCCCCUGCAUGCCCGCCACCGUCCUGGGCCCCGUGCACCUGGCGGGCAGCAGGUCCCUGACCCACAGCCGGGCCGAGCAGUGGGCUGACGCCACCGACGUGGGGCCCGACGACGAGCCAGCCAAGAUGUACACCGUGCAUGGCUACGCGGCCACCGUCUGCACUGGCAGCGCCACCGAGGGCAGCCUGGGCGACCUCAGUGAGAUCUCGUCUCACUCCAGUGGGUCUCACCAUUCAGGAAGUCCUUCGGCACACUGCUCCAAAAACACUGGAUCUCUGGACACAUCCAAAGUCUACAUCGUGUCUCACAGUAGCUGUCAGCAGGUUCCUGGGUCCACAUCUAAGCCCUACCACAGACAAGGGACAGCGAACAAAUACAUCAUCGGCUGGAAGAAAUCAGAAGGCAGCCCCCCGCCCGAGGAGCCCGAAGUGACCGAGUGCCCCGGGAUGUACGGUGACAUGGACCUCGUGUCCGCAGCCACCCAGCACCAGGCAGGGGUGGGAGAUGCCACCGCAGACCCUCAACACGUUCUGUCCAAGGAAGAUUUUCUGAAACUGAUGCUUCCUGACAGCCCCUUAGUGGAGGAGGGGAGAAGAAAGUUCUCAUUGUAUGGGCACCUGUCCCCGAGGAGGUCACUGUACCGCACCCUCUCUGACGAGAGUGUCUGCAGCCAUCGCAGAGGGUCCUCCUUUGGCAGUUCCAGGAGUUCCAUCCUUGAGCAGGCCCUGCCCAACGACAUCCUGUUCAGCACCACCCCGCCCUACCACAGCACCCUGCCUCCGCGGACCCACCCUGCACCCAGCAUGGGGAGCCUCAGAAAUGAGUUCUGGUUCUCCGAUGGGUCCUUAUCGGAUAAGUCCAAGUGUGCAGAUCCUGGCCUGAUGCCCCUCCCAGACACGGCCACAGGCUUGGACUGGUCCCACCUCGUGGACGCUGCUCGGGCAUUUGAAGGUCUUGACUCAGAUGAAGAACUUGGGCCGAUCUGUCACCACACCUCCUAUCUAGAUCAGAGGGUGGCGUCCUUCUGCACCCUGACGGACAUGCAGCACGGGCCAGACUUGGAGGGGGCCCAGGAGCUGCCCUUGUGUGUAGAUCCAGGCCUGGACAUAGCUGGGGAGCGGUCUCCGUCCACUCUGACCGGCAAAGUCAACCAGCUGGAACUGAUUCUUCGACAGCUCCAGACCGACCUUCGGAAGGAGAAGCAGGACAAAGCGGUUCUCCAGGCCGAAGUGCAGCACCUGAGACAGGACAACCUGAGGCUGCAGGAGGAAUCCCAGACGGCGGCCGCGCAGCUGCGGAAAUUCACAGAAUGGUUUUUCAACACCAUUGACAAAAAACCGUAGGCAGUCUGCACCUCAUCGGAGGGCCAUCGGGAAACGCCUCUUGUCCCUUCGCAGUCGCCAGCGUGUGGUUCUUGAGUGUGCUUCUAGCCAGCCGUAGAUAUUUUUGCUGUUCCAUUCUGUGUAGCACCGUUCACCCCAGCAGGGUAGAGAACGAGACUGUCUCCCGUAGCUGCAGAGGACAGAGGACAGCCGCGCGACACGAACGUGAAUGUAACUCCUAGUGAAGAUGAAUGUAGACCCUGGUGUCCAUCUGGACCGUUCUCUUUUAGACUCUACUAAAGCGGUGCUCCGGCGUGGGCUUACCUCAAGAGGGGAGAUAGUUGGGUUUUAUUUCCUAUAUAUCAGGUGACCUGGUAGAGAUAUUAAAGUGAUUUACCAUAGUUUAGGCUUUAGUAUUGUAAAAUAAGCGCAAAAACAGAUAAUCAGACAUAUACUUUAAUGUUAAAGGUGCUCUAUUUUUUUGGAUGUAGAGUAGUUUUAUUUCCACAGCCACAUUAUCAUAGCAAUAAGGAAAGAGGCACAGUAAAUAGAAAAGCUUUGGCGGGGUGGGGGGAAAAGCACUGUUGGGUUUAACACUAGUUUGAAUGCAAUUAGAGAUUUAUUUAUUUGCAGGAGUAAAUGGUGCCUGGAUGUUAACAGUGUUCUGAUGAAAAGAAAAAAAAGAUACCUAUGCCUUGUCGAUGGCUCACCGAGGGGUCAGUCCAGCUCCUGAGUCACUCUUGCAUCGUUGCUGUGCUGAGAAGGAUCAGGCUGCUUACUCAAUAGAAUUAAUAUGCAGGGAGCCAGCAGGAUCACGUGUACAAUGCCAGAUUUGUUUACCUUUGUACAGAAGCUCUGAUGAAAUGUCUUGUAUUUAACACCCUUAUUUAAGCUUAUUUAACCUUAACUUUUUAAUU